CGUCACCUGUUGAUGUAAACCCUGCGACAUGUUUGACGUCUUCAGACGCUGAAUCUUCAGUUUUCAUCCCGACUCCAGUUUUCAAAAAGUCUCCAUGAAGGAUCCUUGGAUGUGUGUGAAGGAGGGCAGAUGUCCGCCGCCACCUCUCCCAGACGUCUGUGCUGCACCCAGCAGAGGAUGAAGCUGGUCGUCAUGGCAGCCGUGCUGGCAGUGGCGGGGGCGGGGCAGGGCUGCAGCUUCGACUGUCGUCCAACCAACAUCAGCAUCCCCGUGGAGAGCUGCGGCAGCACCGAGUACAUCUCCACCACCGUGUGUGCAGGACAGUGCUACUACGAGGAUCCGGUCUACAUCAGCGAAACAGGUCCGGCUAAACAGAGGAUCUGUAACGGUGACUGGUCGUAUGAGGCGAAGCACAUUAAUGGAUGUCCGGUGGCUGUCACCUACCCUGUGGCCAGACACUGCCACUGUACUGUGUGUAACCCAGGGAACACUGACUGCGGACGCUUUCCCGGAGACAUACCCAGCUGUCUGCCCUUCUGAGGAACCCACCCGUCCACUCUUCAGUUUACGUUCUCCCUUCGUUGACACUGGACUGAAAUAAAAGCUCAGGUUUUUGAGUUUUGUUUCAUAAUCUUUGAAAUGUGUUGUAUCCUAAAAGCAAUGAAAUUAAACUAGUCCCUUAAAGCCUC